AUGUCGAACGCUGACCACACACGCGACCCCUGCCCAUGGGUAAUUCUCAACGACUUCGGCGGUGCUUUCUCUAUGGGUGCUGUCGGUGGUGGUAUCUGGUAUGGCAUUAAGGGUGCUAGAAACUCCCCUCGGGGAGAACGAUUUGUUGGUGCCAUCUCAUCAAUAAAAGCGCGAGCACCAGUGACGGGUGGUAAUUUCGGAGUGUGGGGUGGCAUGUUCUCAACAUUCGACUGCGCUAUUAAAGGGUGGCGGCAAAAAGAGGACGCAUGGAACGCCAUUAUCUCAGGGUUCAUGACGGGCGGUUGUCUGGCGCUAAGGAGUGGCCCACGUUCAGCAUUUGGAUCCGCCAUAGCGUGUGGUAUCCUGUUGGGUGUCUUCGAGGGUGUUGGUGUGCUCAUGUCUCGAGUAUUCAGCGAAGGUGCACGGCCGCAAAUGGCGCCAUUACCCGGAGGAAUGGCACCACCUCCUUCUUCAACCCUCUCCGGAACACAGUAG